AUGAAAAAAGUAAAGACUCCACCAAUAUUAGAUAAUCUUACUAUUCAUGGCCUCAAAAAAUUAUCCAGUAAGGAAAGAUCACACGCGCUGUGGAAAGUAAUUAUGUUUGUCAAUUUGAUCGUUACCAUCAUCUAUUUGGUUGUGAUCAGAAACGGAUAUCAUGGUCAACGCAUCAUGACAAGAAUAAAUGCUAACUGCAAAAUAAAUCAAGUACCCUUUCCGGCGGUCAGCAUUUGUAAUAACAAUUUGGUGUCGAACAAAAGGUCCCAAAAUAUACAAAAUAUUUUAAAAUCGUCAAACGUAUCCGGAACGGAUAUAGAGCUUUUCCUGCAAAGCCUCCCCAACCUAGUCGAUUAUCAAAACUCGAACGGCCGCGCGUCCGACUUUGAUCACGUUCUGGGUGUUCUUAAAGAACAUUAUUUUAAUAUCGAAACUAUAAUGGAUGAGGUGCAUCAGAGGUGUGAAGACCUGCUGCUGUACUGCAGUUUUAACAGAAAGCCAGCGAGUUGCACAGACAUGUUUCGUUUAGUAAAAACUUUUGAAGGCCACUGCUGCACAUUCAACUACUUCGCUCUAAACGAUGACAGUAUUGAUGAGGUCCUUCCUGAUAUGGAUCAUGAACAUUAUGAGGAUACGGAAUCGGACCACCAACAUUCUGAGAUCAUAAUUACGGCGGAGUCAGGCAGAGGUUCCGGUCUGCUCGUAGUAUUCACCGUAGAGCCUAGUGAUUACCCACCUUGGGCGCUCAGUUCAUCAUAUGGUGCGAAGGUCCUCAUAAAUGACCCAAACGACUAUCCAGAGUAUUCAUUGAUCUACAAACGGGUUUACACGGAGAUAUCCCUAGACAUCAAGGUGCAGCCUUGUGUGUUUGAAGCCGAAGACUCCCUCCGCAGCAUUCCCAAAGCGUAUCGUGGCUGUGCUUUCCACGACGAAAUCGAGCUCAAACAUACGGACAGGUAUUCUUCGGAGACUUGCGCAACAGAAUGUAAAAUGAGAAGCUAUUUGACGUAUUGUGGCUGUGUGCCGUAUAAGUACCCGCAAGAGGCAACGACUAGAAUCUGCGAGUUCAAAGACUUAAGGUGCUUGAACAACCUCAGAGCGAAGAAGUUGUCUGGGGAACGUUGUGACCCGCUCUGCUACCUGGAGUGCAGAGACAAGCAUUACCGCGUGACUAGUGACAUUAUGCCACUCGUUGCAGACUUGUACCCUGACGAGGUUAUGAAUAAUAGAAACGCAAGUGAGUUAUCAGCCCUGCAGGUGUACUUCAACAGACCCACCUGCAACUGCUAUAAGCAGAUGUUACUCAUGGACUUCACUUCUUUUAUUGCUACUUAUGGGGGCAUCUUCUCACUCAGCUUUGGAGCGUCGCUUCUUACUUUAAUUGAAGUCGUCUUCUUAACGCUAAAUACUAUAGUUUAUUAUUCAUGCAAAUCUGUUUAA